AUGCCGUCCGUAGCUUUUACGUCAGAGGACGCCAGAGGAAUCAUCUACCCUCAUGAUGAUCCCCUGGUAGUAUCUCUGCAAAUAUCAACGACAAUGGUCUAUCGCGUACUGGUGGAUGGUGGAAGUUCCGCCAACAUCCUAUAUAAAGAAACAUUUGAAAGAAUGGGCCUCGAAACUGCAUGUUUGAAGCCGACUUCCUACCCAGUCAUCGGUUUUACCGGGGCAUUCGUCCCAGAGGGAAACGUCAAACUCGCAGUAAAGCUGGGAGAAGGAUUUCAUUCCAGGGACAUGAUGGUGGAAUUCCUCGUUGUUGACAUCCUGGCGGCUUACAAUGCCAUCAUCGGGCGCCCAUUGAUCCAUGACGCCCAAGCAGUGGUCUCCACCUACCAACUGACAAUGAUCAACACCUCCAAUGACGGUAAACCAGAGAAAAUCAGGGGGAACCAAGAGUCUGCUAGGGCCUGUUACCUGACAGCCCUCAAGCACUCUGAUCACAAAUGCCCGGCAGAGACACUGCCAUCAAAACGAAAACGGCGCAGGACAGGAAACAAGGAUAAGAAAGAUCUGUCAAUGAAGAAUUUUGAGGGAAGGCCGACAGAUCAGCCACUACCUAGCCCGGAAGGUGAGACAGAGGAAGUGAGCCUAGAGCUAGAAAGGCCGGAAAGAACGAUGAAGAUUGGAGCAGAAUUGGCGGCAGAGGUCCAGAUCAACCUGAUCACCCUAUUACGAGAUCAUGCGGACAUCUUCGCCUUCUAUGCAGAUGAGAUGUUGGGAAUUGACCCAGCAUUUAUGGUCCACCGGCUGAACGUUAACAAAGAUGUUAGACAGGUAAAACAAAAGAAGAGGAAUUUCUCUGGCGAGAAGAAUGCAACCAUCAAGAAAGAAGUCGAUAAACUGCUAGCGGCGGAUUUCAUCGAACCAUCCGAUUAUCCAGAAUGGUUGGCAAAUGGGGUAAUGGUAAAAAAGGCCAAUGGGUCAUGGCGAAUGUGCAUGGACUUUACCGAUCUGAACAAGGCCUGUCCCAAAGACUUCUACCCCUUGCCCAGGGUUGACCAGCUAGUCGACUCCACUAGCGGCCACGCUUUACUAAGUUUUAUGGAUGAUUUCUCCGGAUAUCAUCAGAUCAGCUUGCUAGAAUCUGACAGAGACACAACGACGUUUAUCACGGAUGCAUGA